CGGGGAGGAGAAGGGGAAGCGGAACUGGCUUGCGCGGGGCCGGGCUUCCCGGAGAGGUUGAGCUCUGCCGGGUUUAUUUUGCUUCCAAAUUCAGGGCGGCGGCGGCGGCUGCUAUGCGGUUUCGGGCUAAGAUCGUGGACGUCGCCUGCCUGAACCACUUCACCCGUGUGAUCAAUACAAUUGCCAAACUAGCCAAGACAUGCACUCUACGCCUUACAGUGGACAAACUUUACUUCAUCCUUACUGAUAAAGUGGCUAAUGGAGGGGUCAGCAUGUGGUGUGAAUUAAGUCAGGGGAACUUCUUUGAUGAGUUCCAAAUGGAAGGAGUAGCAGCAGAACACAAUGAAAUUUAUUUGGAGCUGACACCCGAAAACCUAUCAAGGGCUUUAAAAACAGCCCAGAAUGCCAAAACGGUGAAAAUCAAGUUGACUAACAAGCACUGUCCCUGUCUCACAGUAGCUGUGGAACUGCCCUCAUUAUCGACCAGUAGUCGCAUUGUGACACACGACAUUCCAGUGGGAGUUAUUCCCAGAAGACUGUGGAAUGAUUUCCGAGAGCCCAGUGUACCAGACUUUGAUGUCAGUAUUUACUUACCAGUGCUGAAGACCAUGAAAAGUGUUGUGGAAAGAAUGAAAAAUCUCAGCAAUUGCAUUGUGCUUGAAGCAAAUUUAAACGGAGAAAUGAACUUGAAAAUAGAAACCGAUUUAGUGUCUGUUACGACCCAUUUUAAAGGUCUUGGAAAUCCUCCCUGGGUAUCCGAGGAUGGUUCGCAAAAUUCUACUCAAGACAGAGAUCCGGAAAGCAUGGCUGAGGCACGCAUAGACAUACGGAAGCUUCUGCAGCUACUUGCUGGGCAACAAGUAAAUCCCACAAAAGCUUUGUGCAAUAUUGUAAGCAAAAGGAUUGUUCACUUCAUUUUGCUUCAUGAGGAGGUUUCCCUUCAGUACUUCAUUCCGGCACUUGCAUGAAUACUCUUCUACAGCUCAGCAGUUUUACCACCUGAGGCCUUCUCUACAAAGAGUGAAACAAGCAUAAAGAGUGAGGAUUUUGUGUAUCGACGGGCUGUUGGUCUAUAACAUUUAAAAAAGUUGUUAUAUAUAUUUAUAGAAUUAUUGUAAGAACUUGAUUCCCAAGGAUAUUAUAUUUUUGUGUUGAUUAUAUAUUGGAUUAAAGUGAAAGUAUAUGGAAA